AUGGCACAUGCAGAAGACUGUUCUUCUGUACUCGAGCAGUUUGUCCAUAAUGUUGCAAAUUUACCGGCAGAAAUUAACCACCUGAUGGAGGAAAUCCAGGCCAAAGAUAAAAUUAUACAAGAAUGUCGUGCCAUCAUCAACUCGAGGGACAGCAGUCUACAGAAAUUCAUCAAGAUAAAUGGGAGCCAUGCAUUGAACCCGAAAGAAGAAGCAUAUAGCAAAAUCAUCCUUCAAAACAUGGACCGGUGCCAAGUACUGCAGGAUGAGAAAGUUAUCUUGAGCGAUAAAGCAAGCAUUCUUCUGGACCGACAUAUCAAGAGACUUGACGUGAAAAUCCGAGAACUUCAAAAUGAUGGCCUUCUUUCGAAUGAUCCGCCGAUUCCUUCCCUCUUUCAGAAUAAAGAUUUGUACCGUGAGCCUCCCAGGGCUAUAUUUCACGAAGCUGCCACCAACGAAGGGACAUAUUCCUCUUCCUUGAACGCCGCGCCAGGAAAUGCAAAUGUACAAUAUAACCUUGCGCAACGGUUGAAUAAUACUCCCUCUCGUGCACCAGUAGGGACCGCAACUGCUUCCCAGACAGCAACUCGAAACUCUGCCCCCGCCACACCAGCAGCCACAGCUCUGCACCAGCAACGGCGUGAGUCAUCGGCGGGAGCAGCAGAUAGUAAACGGCGCCGGCUUAAUACAUCAAUCAGCACACUACCAGCUGCACCGUCGAAUCUACGCCAGUCGUCGACAGGCCCGGGAACUCCCAAGGCCGGAACUCCGGGAGUAUCACGGGCAGGUAGUGCCGGUCCCCGUUCAACGACGGGAGUAAAAAAGCCCACUACGAAGAAAGUUGCGCCGCACCAGCAAGUGCGCAAAAUAAAGGCGCAUAAUGCAUCCGGAAAGCCAACAAAACGAUCCUCAAGCGGCAACCGUCUGAAGCCCGUAUCAGGCCACGGACGAAAAAAGUCUCGAUCCCCUGCCGCUGGUGUGGCAGAUGACGAGGAAGAUGAAUCUAUGCUCAGCAGUGCUGAUAUAUCUGACUCGGAGAACGCCCAUGUGUCACGACGGCAGAUGGCACGAUCAUCACAAGAGGAUGCGGAUGAUGAUGAUGAGGAGGAGGAGGGUGGUGAAGACACCAAGACAUAUUGCACUUGUCGUAGUGUGAGCCAUGGAGACAUGGUGGCCUGCGACAAUGAUAGCUGUCCGUACGAGUGGUUUCAUUGGAAGUGUGUUGGACUUACCAGGGAGCCUUUGGGGACUUGGUAUUGUGAAGAGUGCCGUAAGAAUUUGGGCAAAUGA